AUGUCUCCAUUGAAUCGCAAAGGUUCAAUAUUAAUAAAACCAAGUCUUGUAGCUUUGAUAGCUUCAACUUUGAUAGUAUUCUACAUAUUUUCUACUUCAAGAUUAAUUCUCCUACAUCCUCAACAAACAUGGAUUCACAAUUUAGAUUCAUCACCAAAACUAAGAGAUUUUGUUGUUGAUCAUCAUAAUAAGCCUAAACAAGAUGAAGAUACUCAUCUUUUAUUAGCAAAUACUAGCACUACUUUGCCUUUGCCAGAACCAUUUCCAAUUACUAACGCCCAUGAUCACCAUCAUUUACCUAAGCCAAACCUUCAACUCGGCUCUUCAAGAGAAAAAAAGGUUGAGAUGAAGAAAGAGAUUUUUCAUGACAAGGAUGUAUUCAAUGAAGAAUACAAGGAAAUGAAUAGAAGCCUAAAGAUAUAUGUAUAUCCGCACAAGAAGAAUGAGCCUUUUGCUAAUAUUUUAUUAGCAAUUGAUGAUGAACCAUCAGGGAACUAUGCAAGUGAGAGUUAUUUCAAGAAAUCCCUUUUUAAAAGUCAUUUCAUCACAAAAGACCCCAAAGAAGCUGAUCUUUUUUAUCUUCCAUUUUCUAUAACAAAUAUGAGAAAUGACAAGAGGGUAGGGGUUGGUGGAAUCCAAGAUUUUGUCAAAGAAUAUAUAGUUGAGAUAAGUGAAAAAUAUCCUUAUUGGAAUAGGUCAGGAGGGGCUGACCAUUUCUAUGUUGCUUGUCAUUCUAUUGGAAGGUCAGCAAUGGAGAAAGCUAUUCAUGUUAAGUUAAAUGCAAUCCAAGUUGUUUGCUCUUCAAGUUACUUUCUAUCUGGUUAUCUUCCUCAUAAAGAUGCUUCCAUUCCUCAAAUUUGGCCUAGAAAAGGACCAUCCCCUACAAAUGCUCCUUCGCGGAGGAAAAAGUUAGCUUUUUUCGCGGGAGCAAUGAACUCGAGAGUACGUGAAAACCUGGUUGAAACAUGGAGUAAUGAUUCAGAGAUCAUAGUCCACCGCGGCCGCAUGAAAACACCAUACUCAGAGGCGUUAUUGGACAGUAAAUACUGCAUUCACGCUAAAGGUUUUGAGAUUAACACUGCACGAAUUGGUGACGCUAUUUACUACGGUUGUGUUCCAGUCAUAUUGUCUGACCAUUAUGAUCUCCCAUACGCUGACAUUCUUAAUUGGGAAAGUUUCGCCGUCAUUGUUUCAACCCUUGAUAUUCCAAAACUAAAGCAAAUUCUUCAAGCAAUAGAGUACCAUCACUACGUCAAGCUUCAAAACAAUGUAAUGCAGGUGAAAAAGCAUUUUCAAUGGAACUCUUUUUCCAAAGAUUUUGAUAUUUUUCAUAUGGUUAUGUAUGAGUUGUGGAUUCGACGAAGUUAUUUGAGACACAUCUACUAA